AUGGGCCCGGGGCCUCUGCUGGUCCUGUUGGCGGCCACAACUUGGCCUGCUCAAGGGGUCCCGGUGAUAGAACCCAGUGUCCCCGAGCUGGUUGUGAAGCCAGGCGAGACCGUGACCCUGCGAUGUGUGGGCAAUGGCAGCGUGGAAUGGGCCGGCCCCGUCUCCUACCCGCACUGGACUCUGGGCCCAGAUGCCCCCAGCAGCAUCCUGACCACAAACAACGCCACUUUCCAAAACACGGGGACCUAUCGCUGCACGGAGCCCGGAGACCCCCUAGGGGGCAGCGCCAGCAUCCACCUCUACGUCACAGACCCCGCGCGGCCCUGGAAUGUGCUGUCCCAGGAAGUGGAGGUGUUUGAGGGUCAGGACGCCGUGCUGCCCUGCCUGCUUACCGACCCGGCGCUGGAGCCGGGCGUCUCGCUGCUGCGGAACCGUAACCGGCCUGUCUUGCGCCAAACCAACUACUCCUUCUCACCCCGACACGGCUUCACGAUCCACAAGGUCAAGUUCAUCGAGGAUCAUUAUUACCAAUGCAGCGCUCAAGUAGCCGGCAGGACGGUAACAUCGCUCGCCAUCCGCCUCAAAGUGCAGAAAGUUGUCCCAGGACCCCCGACCAUGACCCUGGAGCCUGCGGAGCUGGUGCGGAUCCGAGGAGAGGCCGCCCAGAUCGUGUGCUCAGCCAGUAACGUUGACAUCAAGUUUGAAGUCUUCCUCCGACGCGGAAACACCACGCUCAAAAUCUUUGAACACAAUGACUUUCAUCAUGACCGUUACCAUAAAGUCUUGACCCUCAACCUCGAUCAUGUAGACUUCAAAGAUGCCGGCAACUACACCUGUGUGGCCAAAAAUGCCCAGGGCGUCAGCUCCACUUCCAUGGUCUUCCGGGUGGUAGAGAGGGCCUACUUGAACUUGACCUCUAAUCAGAACCUCCUCCAAGAGGUGGCCUUGGGUGAGGAGCUCAAUCUCCAAGUCACAGUGGAGGCCUACCCGGACCUACAAGGCUUUAACUGGACGUACAGAGGACCUUUCUCUGACCAACAGCCCAAGCUCAAUUUUCGCAUCAACAAGGAGACAUACAGGUACACCUUCACCCUCCCCCUGCCUCGCCUGAAGCCCUCCGAGGCCGGCCGCUACUCCUUCCUGGCCUGGAACGCUGGAGGCGAGGAUGCUCUGACCUUCGAGCUCACCCUUCUGUCCCCCCCUGAGGUGAGGGUCUCGUGGAGCCCUGUCAAUGGCUCUGGCGCCAUCCUCUGUGAUGCCUCUGGGUACCCCCAGCCCAACGUGACAUGGCUGCUGUGCAGGGGCCAUACUGAUAGAUGUGACGAGGCCCAAGCGCUGCUGGUGUUCGAGGACCCACACACCAAGGUCGUGAGCCAGGAGCCCUUCCACAAGGUGACUGUCCAGAGCCUGCUGGCCAUUGGGACCUUGGAACACAACAGGACAUACGAGUGCAGGGCCCACAACAGUGUGGGGAACAGCUCCCACGCCUUCCAGCCCAUCUCUGCAGGAGCCAGCAUGCAGCUGCUGGAUGCGCCCCUCUUCACGCCCGUGCUGGUCGCCUGCAUGUCCAUCAUGUCCUUGCUGCUGCUGCUGCUCCUGCUGCUCCUGUACAAGUACAAGCAGAAGCCCAAGUACCAGGUGCGCUGGAAGAUCAUCGAGAGCUUCGAGGGCAACAAUUACACGUUCAUCGACCCCACCCAGCUGCCCUACAAUGAAAAGUGGGAGUUCCCCCGAAACAACCUGCAGUUCGGUAAGACCCUUGGAGCUGGCGCCUUUGGGAAGGUAGUAGAGGCCACAGCCUUUGGUCUGGGCAAGGAAGAUGCUGUCCUGAAGGUGGCUGUGAAGAUGCUGAAAUCCACGGCUCACGCCGAUGAGAAGGAGGCCCUCAUGUCGGAACUGAAGAUCAUGAGUCACCUGGGCCAGCACGAGAACAUAGUCAACCUUCUGGGAGCCUGCACCCACGGAGGCCCUGUCCUGGUCAUCACUGAGUACUGUUGCUAUGGAGACCUGCUCAACUUUCUGCGGAGGAAGGCUGAGGCCAUGCUGGGGCCCAGCCUGAGUCCAGGCCAGGAUCCCGGCUACAAGAACAUCCACUUGGAAAAGAAAUACGUCCGCAGGGACAGUGGCUUCUCCAGCCAAGGUGUGGACACCUAUGUGGAGAUGAGGCCCGUUUCUACUUCUUCUUCAAAUGAUUCCUUCUCUGAGCAAGACCUGGGCAAGGACGAGUGGCCACUGGAACUGCGGGACCUGCUCCACUUCUCGUGCCAAGUGGCCCAGGGGAUGGCCUUCCUCGCUUCCAAGAAUUGCAUCCAUCGGGAUGUGGCAGCCCGAAAUGUGCUGCUGACCAGUGGGCGUGUGGCCAAGAUUGGGGACUUUGGGCUGGCUAGAGACAUCAUGAAUGACUCCAAUUACAUCGUCAAGGGCAACGCCCGCCUGCCCGUGAAGUGGAUGGCUCCAGAGAGCAUCUUCGACUGCGUCUACACGGUUCAGAGCGACGUCUGGUCCUACGGCAUCCUCCUCUGGGAGAUCUUCUCACUCGGGCUAAACCCCUACCCUGGCAUCCUGGUGAACAGCAAGUUCUAUAAACUGGUGAAGGAUGGAUACCAAAUGGCCCAGCCUGCCUUCGCACCGAAGAAUAUAUACAGCAUCAUGCAGGCCUGCUGGUCCUUGGAGCCCACCCACAGACCCACCUUCCAGCAGAUCUGCUUCCUCCUUCAGGAGCAGGCCCAAGAGGAUAGCAGAGAGCAGGGCUAUGCCAACCUGCCCAGCAGCAGCAGCGAGCAGGAGGAGAGCUCCAGCGAGCAGUUGGCCUGCUGUGAGCAGGGGGAUGUUGCCCAGCCUCUGCUGCAGCCUAACAACUACCAGUUCUGCUGA